AUGACUACUCAUAGUCUCAUUCCUACGGAAAUGUCAAUCAAUUUUUGUACUCCGGAGUCGUACUUAACAUGUGUCUCUGUUAUAUUUCAGCUGGAUGUGCAAUAUGUUCAUCCUCAUGCUAUGCUCCAUUCCAGUAUUGGCCUCAACCCAACUCCUCUCCUUGAUCUAUCAGCAAAUAUCGGAAGCCAGACUGUUUGCCUUGGUGGUGAAAUUGGUUUCAAAACAGCUUCCUCGUUACUGACCAAGUAUAACGCCGGAGUUGGUUUCAACAAGCCAGACUUCUCUGCUGCGCUCAUGCUGGAGGAUAAAGGGGAGAGUCUACGAGGGACUUACGCCCCACACGGUGAAUCCAACCACAUCCGUUGGUGCAGAACUGAUCCGUCACUUCUCCAGUCAUGA